CUCUUUCCUUGUGGCGAUCCGAAAAAGGUAGUCAACGCCAUCAUGUUGUCAGCCGCAGCCAAAAUCCUCAAGCCCAAUAACGAACAACCCGAUGAGUUCGAGCAGUCUGUUGCUCAGGCAAUUCUUGAGCUGGAACUGAAUUCCGAUUUGAAAAACCAACUUCGAGAAUUACAGAUUUCUGCAGCUAAGGAAAUUGAUGUGCUAAACAAGAAAGCUAUCAUUAUUUCUGUACCUUUUCCUCAGUUGCGUUCAUUUCAAGUUAUCCAGCCUCGUUUAGUUCGUGAGUUAGAAAAGAAGUUCUCUGGUAGCUCUGUUGUAAUCGUUGCUCAGCGUCGUAUCCUUAAAAAGCCUACGAGAAAGCAAAGGAAAAGUAAGCAGCCAAGGCCUAGAAGCCGAACUCUUACGGCUGUGCAUGAUUCAAUCUUGGAGGAUUUGGUAUUCCCUUCAGAAAUUAUAGGAAAACGAACAUUAGUUCGUAUUGACGGAUCAAGGCUAAUUAAAGUAUAUUUGGAAGAAAAGGAACGACAAAAUUUAGAACAUAAGAAAGAAGCAUUUGUUGCAGCUUAUAAAAGAUUAACUGGCAAGGACGUACAUUUUGAGUUCCACAAGGACGAUUAGUUUUUACAAUAUGUAAAUUGUCUAUCUGCAAAUAAAAUCGACUUUUAUCUGUAA